AUGAGAAGGUAUGCCAGAUGGAGCACUCCUUCAAAGGGCCGGAGCAGGGCGGAAACAGUCUCUUCUACCUGGCCCUGCCACCCGCCGUCUUCGCGGACGCGUGCAGAGGCAUCCACAAAGGGGCGAUGCAGCGGCCCCGGUCCGGGCUGGGUGCGUCUCAUCGUUGAGAAGCCCUUUGGAAAGGACACGGGGACCUCCCAGCAGCCCUCUAGGCAGCUUGAGCCGCUUUUCGACGAGAGCCAGUUGUUCCGCUUUGGCUACCGCCUGGGGAAGGAGAUGGUGCAAAAUAUCGUCGUCACGCGCUUUGCCAACCGCGUUUUUAGGGCGCCGUGGAUCAGCAACAUUACUGCGUGCGUCCGAAUUACAUUGAAGGAGACUAUUGGCACGGCGGGUCGUGGGGGGUGCUUUGACAGCAUUGGAAUCAUGCACGCCGUGGCGCAAAAACCACCUCACGCAGAUCUUUUCUUUAUUGACCGUGGGAAAAGCCGCGCUCCCUAA